GAUACUUAUCUCAUGACCAACAUUCAAGGUAUCUGGAUGCCGUAUGUGACGAGUGUGAUGAGGACUUGGUGCGGAAGGAAUACGGAGCUAGGUUUUCGAUACAGAGACGAAGGAGUAAAUAAAAUGAGAGAUCGAGUUGGGAGUCCGGAAACGAACCUUGGCAGAAAAAGGAAAUCAGUUCAGAGGUUAUAUGACGCAUAGCUUGCUGCUGUUACUGUCAUGUAUAAUUUUAUUCGUUCUAGGUGCACCGACCUUGGCUCCGUCUGCUUCGGGUGGUAAUGUUAGCGCUACGGUAGCUGGUAAGGUCACAAUCUCAAUUAUUCAUCAACUGCUGCAAUCUUCUGCUUCCGCCAGUACCUCAGGCGCGUCCACAACCGGUCUGUUCAUUCACUCCUAUCCUACGCCUACUCUCAGCCCUCUCCCCCCAGUUUACCCUGCAACUGAUCCUCUUACAAUAGCAUUGAUCCACAAAUCGUGCCCGAUUUUGCGCCUAACCUUGUAAGUGCAUACAUUUUAAUCAUCGAUUCUGUUGAUUGUCUUUGCUGACCAAGAGGAUUUGAUCGCUGCUUGGGAGAACGGGAAGGCUUCACCCAUCGCUGAAGGGUCUUCUACUGCGCUUUGGCGAGGUUCAUUAAGACUAAUGAAGGAUCUGCGGGCUGAUAUCGUUACUUACCAGUCUCCAAGAGCCUGUUCCAGGUAACUUUCAAUCACGAACACUGGACCUGUAUCUGGAAUGGAGAUUCCUCGGUACAUUCACUUCCCGUCUUCCGCUAGCAAGCCUCCAUCAGUCCUAAAGGGUUCACAAACGUCGAAAUCUC